UCUCAUUGUAAAUAAGCAGGCGUUUUGAUCAAUAAAAAGCAAGUACGUUAUUUGUAUAAUUUGGACCAUCAGUAAGAACCACCAACCUUACUUGCUAUCAUCUUUUCUAUGCAACUUAACCUUUUGACUGACGUGGAUUCAUCGACACGAAAACAUUUUGAAUUGCGGGCACCCAAUAAAUACUUAUUUUUAUACUACAAUGGAUAUAGCUACACUGUUCGAUGACGUUAAACGAAUGAAUAAAAGACAGUUUCUCUACCAAGUCCUAAGUUUUGGAAUGAUUGUGUCUUCUGCUCUAAUGAUUUGGAAAGGUCUAAUGGUUGUAACAGGAAGUGAAAGCCCCAUUGUUGUAGUUUUAUCGGGCAGUAUGGAACCUGCAUUUCACAGAGGAGAUCUAUUGUUCUUAACCAAUUAUCCUGAGGAGCCUGUUAGAGUUGGAGAAAUUGUAGUAUUUAAAGUCGAAGGAAGAGAUAUUCCAAUAGUACAUCGUGUGUUAAAACUUCAUGAAAAGAACAAUGGCACUGUUAAAUUUUUAACCAAGGGAGACAAUAAUAGUGUUGAUGAUAGAGGAUUGUAUGCCCCAGGACAGUUAUGGUUAACAAAGUCAGAUGUUGUUGGUCGGGCAAGAGGAUUUCUGCCAUAUGUGGGCAUGGUAACAAUUUUGAUGAAUGAAUAUCCAAAGUUUAAAUAUGCAGUAUUGGCGUGCUUGGGGAUGUAUGUGUUAAUUCAUAGAGAAUAGUAGCAAUCAAACUUCCUUUUACUUGAGGUAAAGAAUUAAUUGUAUAAUUUUGUGUGUAACUUAAAAAACUGGGUAUCUACUGUAACUAGUGUUUGAGAUGUUUUUUGGCAUCUGCGAGGUGUAUAAUUUUUGCUAAUAAAUUUCUCUGAAAUAAAA